UAAAUAACCUGUACAUGUAAUGAUGGAAGAUAUUGAUAUAAAAAUUGUUGGGGACACAGAACAAAAUUCAGCUAAUAAUGUGGACUUGGAUGACCAGCCACCCAAAGAAAACGAAAAGAAAAACAAAAAUCCACAAACCAUUGGUCCAAUCACAAUUUUCCGUUAUGCAGAUAGAUUGGACAUAACACUUAUGAUACUGGGAGCAGUAGCAGCAGUAAUCAAUGGAACUUGUCUUCCUCUACUGUCACUGGUUUUUGGUGAAAUGAGUGAUAGCUUUGUGAUUAAUUGUCAAUCCCGCGAGAAUGUUUCAAGUUCAUCACACUGCAAUCAGACUCAGAUGCCCUCUGAAGAGCAAAUAACAGUGUUUGCUUUAUAUUAUGUCGGUAUUGGAGUAGCUGCUCUGCUGUUCGGCUACCUACAGAUUUCAUUCUGGGUUUUAGCUGCAACAAGGCAGACGAAAAAAAUAAGAAGAAUGUUCUUCCAUGCAGUUCUGAGACAGGAAAUCAGCUGGUUUGACAUCACCACCAGUGGAGAACUUAACACACGCCUGAUUGAAGACAUCAAUAAAAUCAAUGAUGGCAUUGGAGACAAGAUUGCUCAGCUGAUUCAGAACAUGACAACUUUUAUAGUAGGCAUAGUGAUUGGUUUUGUGAUUGGAUGGAAGCUAACACUUGUGAUCCUGUCUACCAGCCCUCUGGUAGUCUUAUCAGCAGCAUUUUGUUCUAAGAUGAUCAUCACAUUAACCAGUAAGGAGCUAACAGCCUAUUCCAAAGCAGGUGCAAUAGCAGAAGAAGUCCUAUCAUCAGUGCGAACCGUUGUAGCCUUCGGAGGACAAGAGAAGGAAAUAAAAAGGUAUACAAGUAGGCUGGGAGAAGCAAAAAACAUUGGCAUAAAAAAGGCUAUUGCUUCUAAGUUGUCCCUGGGUUUUGUGUACCUAAUUAUAAAUGGAUGUUAUGGGCUUGCUUUUUGGUAUGGAACUACCCUGAUCCUUGAAGACAAUUCUGAAUAUACCAUUGGGUCUGUUCUUGCAAUUUUCUUCUGUGUAACUUAUAGCAGUUAUUGCAUUGGCAUAGCAUCACCUCACUUUGAAACCUUUGCUAUUGCUAGAGGAGCAGCCUUUAAAAUUUUCAAGAUCAUUGAUGAGAACCCUUCUAUAGACAGUUUUUCUUCAGAUGGACACAAACUCAGUCACAUAAAAGGAACAUUGGAAUUUGACAAUGUCCGGUUCAGUUAUCCUUCAAGACCAGAUAUCCAGAUUUUGAAAGGCCUCAAUCUGAAAAUUGGUGCUGGACAAACAGUGGCAUUGGUUGGGAGCAGUGGAUGUGGGAAGAGCACAACAGUUCAAUUGCUGCAGAGGUUUUAUGAUCCACAAGGGGGAGUGAUCAAAAUAGAUGGACAUGAUAUCAGAUCUCUUAAUUUGAGACACUUCCGAGAAUGCAUUGGUGUGGUCAGUCAGGAACCAGUUUUAUUUGGGACAACAAUUAGAAACAAUAUAAGGUAUGGGCGAGAGGAUGUAACUGAUGAAGAAAUUGAGAAGGCAACAAAGGAAGCAAAUGCAUAUGAUUUUAUAAUGGAUCUUCCUGAAAAAUUUAAUACCCUUGUGGGAGAAAGAGGAGCACAAAUGAGUGGAGGCCAGAAACAGAGAAUAGCUAUCGCUCGAGCUUUGGUGCGCAACCCUAAGAUUCUCCUUUUAGAUGAGGCCACAUCUGCCCUGGAUACAGAAAGUGAGGCAGUUGUCCAAGCUGCACUGGAAAAGGCCAGCAGAGGUCGAACCACAAUUGUUAUAGCUCACCGGCUUUCCACCAUUCAGACAGCAGAUGUAAUCAUGACCAUAGUGGAUGGCACUGUGGCUGAAAGAGGAACACAUGCAGAGCUGAUGGAGAAAAAGGGGCUAUAUUAUUCACUUGCAACAGCACAGUCAAUUAAAAAAGCAGAGUACAGUGAAGAAUCAGCAGAAACAGUUCCCAUAAAAAAUCGUGAAGAAACACCACCCAGCAACAGCUUGAUCUCUGAAAAAGCAAGUAUAAAACAUAUUCCACAAAAGGUGUCUGAAGAAGAAGUCAAACCUGAAGAGGAACAUCUGCCCCAAGUUUCUUUGCUGAAACUUUUUAGAUUAAACAAAUCUGAGUGGCCUUUGAUUGCAAUAGGGACGCUGGCUGCCAUUAUAAAUGGAGCAUGUUCCCCCGUCUUUGCUGUCAUAUUUGGUAAAAUUGUAACAAUUUUUGAAAUAAAAAAUGUCAGUACCUCAUACAAAGAGCAGAUCCAACAUGAAGCUAACAUUUUGUCCAUCAUAUUUGCUGGGAUAGGUGUUGUUUCCUUUCUGACUUAUUUCUUUCAGGGAUUCCUUUACGGGAGAUCAGGAGAAAUCCUAACAAUGAGAUUAAGGCAUAUGGCAUUUAAAGCCAUGCUGCGACAGGACAUCUCUUGGUUUGAUGAUAAAAAAAAUAGCACUGGAGCUUUGACAACAAGACUGGCCACAGAAGCAGCACAAGUUCAAAUGGCAGUAGGCUCAAGACUUGGUGUAAUAGCACAAAACAUUUCCACCAUGGGAUUGUCCAUCAUCAUUUCUUUUAUAUAUGGAUGGGAGAUGACUCUGCUGAUCCUAGUGAUUGCUCCCGUGCUUACAGUAACUGGAAUGCUGGAAGUUUCUGCACUGACUGGAUUCGCCAACCGAGACAAAAAAGAAAUGCAAAGAGCUGGGAAGGUAGCAAUAGAAGCUGUGGAGAACAUUCGAACAGUUGCUUCAUUAACUAGAGAGCGUGCUUUUGAAAAAAUGUAUGAAGAAAAUAUGCAGAAGCCAUAUAGAAAUGCUCAAAAGAAAGCUCAGAUCUACGGUUCCUGUUACGCAUUCAGCCAGGCUUUUCUGUAUUUCACCUAUGCUGCAGGCUUUCGAUUUGGGGCAUAUUUAAUUACAGCUGGAAGAAUGACCCCUGAGGGCGUUUUCGUGGUUUUUACAGCAAUUGCAUACGGUGCAGUGGCAGUAGGUGAGACAUUGACCUUUGUACCUGACUAUGCCAAAGCCAAAUCUGGGGCUGCGCACCUGUUUGCUCUGUUUGAAAGGACUCCAGCCAUUGAUAGCUACAGUGAAGAAGGAGAUAAACCAGACACAUUCAGUGGAAGGUUAGAAUUCCAUGAAGUCACUUUCAUUUAUCCAACUCGCCCAGAUGUUCCCAUCCUGCAGGAUUUGUCUCUUACAAUUGAACGGGGACAGACUGUGGCAUUUGUUGGAAGCAGUGGAUGUGGGAAAAGCACUUCUGUUCAGCUCCUACAGAGGUUUUAUGACCCUCUGAAAGGGCAAGUGCUAUUUGAUAGCACUGAUGUGAAGCAUUUGAAUGUACAGUGGCUACGCUCUCAAAUAGGAAUAGUAUCCCAAGAGCCAGUGCUCUUUGAUUGCAGCAUUGCUGAAAAUAUUGCCUAUGGAGAUAACAAUCGGACUGUGCCAAUGGAUGAGAUAAUAGCAGCAGCAAAAGCAGCAAAUAUCCAUACUUUUAUAGAAGAACUCCCCAAGAAAUACAACACACGAGUUGGAGAUAAAGGAACGCAGCUCUCUGGUGGCCAGAAACAACGAAUAGCCAUUGCAAGGGCUCUUAUCCGACAACCAAAAAUGUUGUUGUUAGAUGAAGCCACUUCAGCACUUGACAAUGAAAGUGAAAAGGUGGUACAACAAGCCCUUGAUCAGGCACGGAAAGGAAGGACCUGCAUUGUGAUUGCUCACCGACUGUCAACCAUACAGAAUGCAGAUAUCAUUGUUGUAAUUAACAAUGGAAAAAUAAUAGAAUCAGGAACUCAUCACCAGCUAAUGGCAAAGCAGAAAGCAUAUUUUAAUUUAGUAAAUGCACAAACGCUUCUCUAAAACAAGGAUGGCCUGAAGCCAUCUUUAGAAAUGAGAUGUCAGGGGAAAAAAAAAGUACUGUCAUGUGUGGUCUGACCUUGUGGUUUUACAGGUAACUUUCUUCACACGCUGUUCUGCUGGGGACUUGGAGCUGGCAGCCUACUUGCAGUGCUUAGCUCAGAAUGCCAAGAUACACCUACAAUACUGAACUGAAUAGGAACAUGUAAAACAUCUAUUUCUCACAUCAAUUUAUGAUCAGUUUUUAACUCAAGUGUUUUUUUUCUGAUCCCUUUCCCUCUUCCAUAGGCCAUGUAACUGAAUGCUUACUACUGUGUUAGCACUGACAGAUACAAUGGUCUUGAUGUAUUAUCUUGAACUGAUGUUAAAUUUUUCCCUUUAUUUUUAUAGUAGAUGGUUUGAAUAAUAAAUUUAAAUUGACCUGUUUGCUACAAUUGAAAAUAAUGUUGGGCAUUCCCUUAAAACUCAGACAGCCCUCCCCUUGAACAAUGUUUAGAUCCAGAUUAAAGUUUUAUUACUCAACCCACCCCAUAUUUCAGUUAUUUACUUAAUCCCUUCACCUUUUUAAGUCCAGUUUAAUUUUUUUACAGAAGGCCCCCUAAUAUCAAUUUAAGAUUUAGAAUUCUAACAUCAGUUCAAGAUGAUAUAUGAAGACCAUUGUAUCUGUCAGUGCUAACACAGCAGUAACUGCCCUAACACAAAAGUAACUGUCCUGUUGUAUGCCUUAUGGAAGAGGGGAAGGGAUCAGAAUAAGCAUUUGAGUACAAUACUGAUCAUGAAGUGAUUACAGAAUCCCCUUCAGGGAGUUUCCUACAUCUAUGAAUAACUCACUGAAUGUUGAUGUCUGAGUCCCAGUGUUCCUAUAUGAAAAACUGAGUUAAUGCUACUUUUUCAAAUUUGCAUAUUGCUCUAAGACCCACAAAGGAAAAGUGCUAGCAGCCAGCAAAUGGGCUGUCCAGUAGUUAUCAUUAAAAGUUAGGCUGUGAAGAGAAGCCCAAGGGUUGUGAAAACAUUUUCCUGAAUUUUGUGGAAAAUCUGCAAUUGCCUGUUUUGUUAAUAAAACCAUGCAUUCAAAUAGCUAGGAAUCUAAUGUGUGCACAUACGCACACACUGUGGUAACUUCAAGAAUGCUUAUAAGUAUGUAACUGUGUAUGCAGACUCAGGUGUUUAAAGACAACUUAUAAAGAGGUCUUUUUUCCUUCCGGGCAACUUUUUUUACCAGUGAUGGUUACCUUUUUAUAAUCAGUUGAAACUUCUGUGUUUAAGUUUUCUUUCAUUCGCAUCAUGACUAUAGUGGUUCUGAUGAAGGGCUCUGUCAGUGUUCACUAGAGAACACUACUGGAAACUUUCUCAGCUCCUACCUGUAGAUAAAAGGGCAUUGCAUCUUGCAACUAAGAGAUUUUUUUCCCAAUUUUUUGAUGAGAAUGUACAUUUUUUAAAGUGUAAUUUUUUUUUCUUCCCAGUUGCUUAGAUUUGUCUCCUGUAAUGCUAUAAAUUCUGCUGUCUCCUGUCCUCAAAGGAAUUUUCCAAUAGUAAAAAAAUGUUUAUAAUUUUGAAUUUUUCCCCCCUUUUAGCAGGUCCCUUUAAGUUUGUGAUGCUGUUAAAAUGCCACUUCCAAGAGUCACUUUGUAAUUAAUCAAGUUACUUACAGCUCUGUUGGAAAGUAAACUUGGAAUCAGAAACUCAUUUUCAAAGUUGGCAAAGGGCUAAAAGUUGUCUUUAAAACUCUUAAGGCUAAAUCCUCUCAUAAUCUGUGCAUCCUUUCUAAAUGUAGUGCAAGAUUGGCUACAGUACUUGGGUAAUGAUACGUGGGACGCUUCCAACCUGUGUGUGCCAAAUGCACCACUCAGAAUUGGCAAAGUUGCUAUCUCAAAGGUCUUAGCCUGAACUAUAAUUAAUUCAGAUCUACUGUAAAGCUCAGCCUAAAUUAGGCCGAUCCCACUGGAAGAUUUCUGUCUACCUGUAGAUGGAGUGACUAAAGAAGCAGCUACACCUUCCACUAGUGUAAUUAGUAUAGCAUAUUAGUAUAUUAACAUGUCCUUAAAUUAUAUUAUUUUAGAAUGCAAAACAAUACAGAUAUUUUAGUUACGUUUAAAAUGCAGAUAUUGGCUUUCAAAAACAAUAUGGAUUAAAGGAACUUCAUUGUGAGUGAUGUGACUUGGGUCACCGCUUUUUGGGGACUUGUCUGUUCUCCACCCCACCUUCUUGCUUACCUGCCGAGACUCAUUAUUCAUAUUUUUCAUGGGCAGGUUUGCUGGUUCUACAGAGUGAAGGUCUGUUUUGCUAGACAGUGUAUUCUUUUGAAGGGCUCCACCUACCCUACACAAUGCCCUUUUUCUCUCAAGUCCAUGGUGUGACUCACACUGGUCCCACAUUCGUGAUUCUACUUCCAUGGGCGGCCAUGGCCACCAUCUGGGGAAGGCUGCUGGAUUCCUCCACAAGUAGAAUGCAGAGUCCCAGGGCUAAUAACUCUCAACUUUUAAUAUUUAACUCCUGAGAAGGAGGAAGUAUAGUCCUAGCUUUGACUCAGGAUGCACCAGUAUAUUCUCCAGCUCCUUCAUGAGUGAACAUCUAUGAAUUCUCCCUGAUCCUUGUUCCUCAAUUACCUUUAUAAAUCCAUUCAUUUAUUUCCCCAAAAUAAGCAUCUAUGAGUUCAUUCACUUAUUUCUCAAUUCAUUAUAUAAAUUCAUUCAUUCUACAUUUCUAAAUUAACCCCCAAUGAAUUCAGUCCCUUCCUAAGCAGUAGUAAAUUUAUCACUAUAUAUCUAUAAUUGCAGUUCAUUCACCAGAUGCCUUGAGACCUGGCACUCAUUUCCACCCAUCCCUAGCACUGCUAACUCGUCUCUUAUUAUCCCAGUAGCCCACUUUACUUAUCUUUUCAUUCAGCACUCAGCCUACUCAGGCUCUGGUCUUCCUUCCCUGGAUCUUCCCAACUCAGCUGUCUGAACAUCUGGGUCGCAUGUCCCCACAUGUGUUGUACAGCUCAUUGGCUCUGCUGUACUUUUCCCACUCCAGGGGAAACCCAACAGGCUCUCCCAUUUCUGCCAUGCCAGCAUUCCAGGGCCAAUGAGGGCUUGCACCCCCUGGCACAUGACUACAUGCCACCAAAAGUCUGUCCCCUUCCUGGGGUUUUCUCCCAAACCCUUUUGCCUGACUCCAUUAGGUUCCACUGGGUAAGUUUGUUUCUGGCUUGGCCAGUUCCUACUGUCUGUAACAGAGGCUGAAGGCAAGCCCCUGCUACAUUCAUGAAAACCAUAAACCAACAAUUAUUUGGGCAUUUUGACAGAUGUGCCAUAUUGUCAUACAUAUUACACCUUACAUUAACAGACUUCAGUGUGUGACACUUCCCUGUACACUGCAAAAAAUAUACAGUGGUAUUAUAUAUUAUGUAUUUAUAUUACUCAAAACCACUGUUUAGAAGAUAAGAUGCCUCUUGGAAAUAUAGCUCUGUGAAUAAACGAGUAUUUUUUUUUAAA